UGGGACACGUGAUUUAGGAAGGUUGCUGUGAUCUGUUUUGACAAGCAAUGGAGCUCUUGGGACCAGCAGCGGAGAGCGUUGAAGCUUAACUUCUCCGGCGGCUGUGGAAGCUCGGCAUCGCGAAGCAGAAGGAGAAAUUCGCCAGAUGACUUUGAUUAGAUUUCGGUACCGUCACCCGGAGGAGUUCGCUCCGACACGACCUGACUGUCGGCAGGAGAGGGGAUUCAGACUAGGGGAGACGCUGGUAGCUUGCGGGCUUGCCACUUGCUAGCCGUUUGGACGGAACUGCUAGAGAGGACAAACAAACAAAACUUAACAGGAGCGAUGAUCCAACGAGCAGAUGAGGGAGACUGCGUGUGCAAGCCGGCAGCGUAGUAUCUUCCUUCUAUACACGAUGAUUGGCGGAGCGUAGCGGACACAUCAUACUCGAAACGGGCGAUCCGAACAGGGGCGCCUGCCUUUCCAGUGUCGCGGUCUGACUUGCUGGCGAGGGGAUACUGGCAGACGUCUCGGUCCUGGAUUCCUAGUUACCUACUUUAAGAGCUAAGUAGAGUAGCCGGGUCCGGGGAAAAAAGAGCAGGAAUGAGACGGAUGCACCGAGUGAGGGCGAUUUUAGUUUGGCGAGUGUUUGGAAAGAUGUGUAUUGCUUAACGAUAAAAGUUUAACGACCGAUACGUCUCAGUUCGGAGUUGUUUUGAUAUUUGCCUGCUCAUCGGAGACAGCAUCCAGUCGCCUUCGGCAUAGAAAGAGGGGAAGAAUCUGAAGAUUGACGACGAGGGGGCGCCUGUGAAGGACAGUGGCAAACAUGAAGCCAGAGAGAGAUGCCGGGGAGGAGUACUUUGAGUACGACGCAGAGGAGUUCCUGGUGUCCCUGACCCUGCUGAUCACAGAGGGCCGCACCCCGGAAUGUUCCGUGAAGGGCCGCACCGAGGGGCUCCACUGCCCGCCUGCGCAGACUGCGCAGCCUGCCCACAACAGACACGACUGCAGCGACAAGCUGCCGCAGUGCCGGCAAGCCCGGAAGACGCGGUCGGAGGUGAUGCUUCUCUGGAGGAAUAACAUCCCCGUCAUGAUCGAGGUGAUGCUGUUGCCCGACUGUUGCUAUAGCGACGGGGGACCCACGACGGACGGGAACGACCUCAACGAUCCUGCCAUCAAACAGGAUGCGCUGCUGCUGGAGAGGUGGACCAUGCACCCUGUUCCCAGGCAGAGCGGGGAUCGCUUCAUUGAGGAGAAGACCUUGCUUCUGGCCGUCCGCUCCUACGUGUUCUUCUCCCAGCUGAGCGCCUGGCUCAGCGCUUCCCACGGGAUCGUGCCCAGGAACAUCCUGUAUAGGAUAAGCGCAGCUGAUGAGGAAUUGGUGUGGCAUUUUUCCCAGCCCCCAACCGAGCAUGCUUUUCCGGUUCCCAACAUCUCUCAGAGUGUAGCCUUGAAAGUCCGCGUCCAGUCCCUUCCAAGACAGCCCAACUAUCCAGUCCUGAAAUGUAGUAUCCACACCAGCCUGAACUUCUACGAGAAGAGGGGCCGUGACCGUGAUAGGAAGCCCCCUCAACGGUGCGACAUCAAAGACGCCAGCCAGCUUCACAGCCGAGGCUCCUCCCCCUUUGCUCGCCCCACCCACUCCCAACAUGGAGUUGGUGGCUCCAGGAUUAGCCAGUGCCCUGAAGUCCUACCUCCCAACAAACCAGCUAAAUGGCUCCACCCAACAUUGACGAGAGCUCCCAACACUCAGCCAUCAGAGGGUCAUAUGAUGUCAGCCAACGGCACAGAAGCCUCCAAGGUGCUAGCCCCUGAGAUGCCAGUGAGAUCUUUCAAAUCCCUCUCCCUGGUGGACCACCUGACGACACCCAGCCCCAGCCUCAGGCCUCAAGUGGGGGAGACCAACCCCCUGAUCGGUAGCUUGCUCCAGGAGAGGCAGGAGGUCAUUGCCCGAAUCGCCCAGCACUUGAACUAUUGUGCUCCCUCUACCCCACACAUCCCUGACAGUCUGUUUGGCAGCAUGCCGAUCCAAAGCCCAAAGUCCUCCUGGGUUCCACCCACUGAGGACGUCCUACUGAAGAAAGCCAAGGAGACCCACUGCACAAGCUACAACAGCACCCACCCAGAACAUGUGCAUGAUGUCAAGAGUGGACCCUCUGCCUCGGACACCCCUUUGCGUCGCCCAUAUGUCACAGGUAAAUCUGACAGUGAGUCCAGACUUUCCCCGAAACUGGCCACCUGUAGGAAGUUGGUUUUACCUGACCCCACCGAGAACUCAAGGAUAUCAGACGUGGUGCAAGAUAUCUCCAGACUCAUCCAGGACACCUUCCAGCAGUCUCAGAGCAGAUGUAGUAAGCUCAUGCAGGGGGCACAUGUAAAUUACAACGGCGUAUUGAAAUCGGCAGAACAGAAUAAGGAGCCGUAUAGUCAGCAGAAUCUUCAGGGGCGGUCUGAGGCUCCCUCCCCAGACCAAGCCAGUGCAAACGGCACAGACUCAAACAUUUGCACAGAUUCGAGAUGUGGCAGACUAAAAGUCACAGACAGCACCUGUCAGAGACAUUCCCAUGAGCAUCAGAGCACAGCCCUCGCGAAACUGGAAGAAACGCUGUUCAGACCAGAGCUGAAAGCUUCGGACAGCUUGCAGAACACCAGGAAGAGCAGCUGCGGCUCGUCGGGUGCCCUAGGGAGACCUCGGCGACACGAGGAGCCUGCUCAGCAGGGCGGCUCCAGGCUGGCUCGAGAUAUCUCCCCUAAAAGUGUCGCUGGACCCAUAGGUGUGGAUCUGCAGGUGCGUUCCCAGCCUCAGGACGAAAACGUGGACCCCUCCGUAGUUGGGAGCCCUACCGGCACUGUCCACAGAACCCCAGCCAAGGAAUGUCUCCAGAAUGGUGAUGUUCUGAGAACAAGUACCCAGUUCACCUUGAGAGCGCACAAUUUGUGGAAGAGACAGAAUCGCCACUCUAUAGAUGGGACGGCUUUCCACCCCUGCACUGGACUUCCUCUGCUUUCCAGUCCUGUUCCUCAAAGAAAGUCACAGAACGGGUGCUUCGACUUGGAUACAUCUCUGCUUCGAUACAAUGGUCUGCCAUUGGCUGCUAAUAGAAGAGCAUGUCGGAAGCGGGAGGCCGGCCAGGAUGAGGGGGAGCAGCAGCAGCUGAGCACAAGCGCACCUUCAGGGAGCCUCAGCCUUCUGGGAAACUUUGAGGAAUGUGUGCUCAACUACCGCCUGGAGCCCCUGGGCACCGUCGAGGGCUUCACUGCUGAGGUGGGGGCCAGCGGGACGUUCUGCCCGAGUCACAUGACCUUACCAGUCGAGGUGUCCUUCUACAGCGUCUCCGACGACAACGCCCCUUCUCCCUACAUGGGUGUCAUAAAUUUGGAGUCUCUCGGUAAACGGGGGUAUCGAGUGCCUCCAUCAGGAACAAUUCAAGUGACCUUAUUCAACCCAAACAAGACGGUGGUGAAGAUGUUUGUGGUGAUCUACGAUCUGAGACAGAUGCCAGCCGGUCACCAGACAUUCCUGCGACAGAGAACCUUUUCUGUUCCUGUUAGGCGGGAAGCCAACGGCAGCAAAAAGCCCCUCCCAUUAAGUCAGGAGAGGACUCUGCGCUACCUCAUUCACCUGAGGUUCCAGAGCUCUAAAUCUGGAAAGAUCUACCUCCAUAGAGACAUUCGACUUCUUUUUUCUCGCAAAUCCAUGGAAGUGGACAGCGGUGCUGCCUACGAGCUCAAGUCCUUCACAGAGUCCCCAGCCGACCCGCCCUUCUCUCCCAGAUGCUAACCCUCAGUUUGAGGCACCAUCCUAAAAAAUAUAUGACUUAAAAAUAUAUGAGACAGUUUAAUUUUCAGUGGGGUGCUUUUCUCUAACAUGGAAAAAAAAUUCAGUUGCUGAUAGAUUUUAUUUUUGAUUGGCCAAUGGAUGAGUUUUAAUUUCAACUUCAGACCUUUUCAAGUCUUUGGUGUUUGUUAGUGUCGUAGAAGCAUCACACAUUGGACUGGGCUUUGGGGCAGUAAUGAAACAAGCAGUUGAGCCAGAAUAAGUUACAAGAUGGUGUCAGAAGAGCACUGUGUAUUUCCAAUUUAACUGGAAAUUGAUAAGAUCCUUUGUUUGUACUGUUACAGAACCACAUUAUCGGAAGAGUUGCAAUAUAAAGAAAUGACCUUACUAGCUUAGUCUUUACAUUUGUUUCAGUUAUUUAAUAUUUAAAUCAUUUCAUUUACUGCACCUGUGACAUUUGUCAUGCUACGCAUUAUGAUGUAGGGCAAAAGUAUAUGUAAAUCAUACAAUGUAUUUUUUGAGGGUAAUAUUCAGAGCUGAAAUAUAGAUAUAAAGCAAUCUUUAAACAUGCACACGUAUCUGCAUAUUUCUUUAUUUUAAGCAAAGAAUUUGAAAUAAAUUUGACCAUCUAUAUUCA